AUAGCAGCCUCUUCCUCUUCUCCUUCCACCAAUCAAUGGAAAUAUGAUGUCUUUCUUAGUUUUAGAGGUGCGGAUACACGCUUCAACUUUGUAGACCAUCUGUACAGCAGUUUGGUACAAUGGGGAAUUAACACCUUCCGGGAUGAUGAUGAACUCCGAAAAGGAGGAGAUAUACAAAGAGAGAUUUUUGAAGCAAUUGAAAAGUCAAGGAUUUCUGUAGUCAUAUUCUCUAAAAACUAUGCCUCCUCAACUUGGUGCUUGGACGAGCUUGCUAAGAUCCUUGAAUGCAAAAAAUCACAGCGGCAAAUUGUUCUGCCGAUUUGUUAUGACGUGGAUGCCUCAAAUGUAAGAAAGCAAACGGGCCCUUUUCUUGAGGCAUUUCUUGCACAUGGAUACAGAUUCAAGGAUGAUUUGAAUAAGGUGAUGCGAUGGAGGUCGGCUCUUACGGAAGCAGCAAAUUUGGCUGGGAUGGUUUUAAACAGAGAGGGGUACGAAUCCAAAUUUAUUCAUGAAAUCAUUGAAGAGAUUUCACGACAAUUAAACCGUCUCUAUUUGACACAUGAGACGAACUAUCUAGUUGGAAUAGACUCCCGCAUGCGAGAAAUGAAUGAUCUUUUAGGUGUUGGAGUAGCUGAUGUUCGCAUGGUAGGUAUAGGGGGGCUUGGUGGAAUGGGUAAGACAACACUUGCUAAAGCUGUUUAUAAUUCAGUUGCCCAUAAGUUUGAAGGUUCGUGCUUUUUGGGAAAUGUUAGAGAAAAUUCAGAGGCACCAGGAGGCUUAGUCAAACUACAAAAGACUCUUCUUCAUCAAAUUCCCGGGGUGAAAAUAUCGAGUCUCACAAAUGCUGAUUCAGGAGUUGAUAUCAUUAGGAGGAGGUUGCGCGACAAAAGGGUUCUCCUAAUUAUUGAUGAUGUGGAUGACUUGGACCAGUUAAAAUGCUUAGCUGGAAGCUCUGAUUGGUUUGGUGCCGGCAGUAGAAUUAUCAUAACAACAAGGUAUGAGCAUUUGCUUCUUGCUCAUAAAGUUGACUUCACAUACCAAUUGAAGGAGUUAGAACCUGAUGAAGCUAUGGAGCUCUUCCAUUCUAAAGCCUUCCCAACAAGUAGAAUUCCGAAUGAUUAUCUAGAACCCGCAAGUAGAAUUGUAGGCUAUGCUCAAGGGAAUCCGUUAGCCCUCAUAGAUGUGGGUUCAUUUUUAUGUGGGAAAAGUAUAUAUGAAUGGCACCCUAUAUUAGAAAGGUACGAAAGAGCUCCUGCCUCAAAUAUUAAAGAAAUCCUCAAAAUAAUUAAAAAGGAGCAUGACUUGCAAAGAACGGGAUUAAAUGAAGCUGAAAUCCCUGAAAAGGGACUAAACGAAGUUGGAAGCCUUGAAAUGCCUGAAGCUGACGACGUCGAUGGAGUAAAUGCAACCAAAACCAAUAAAAGCUCUCCAGGAGGAGAUAUUACAGAACAAACGGAGGGCAUGGCAGAGUUGGCCUUAUCAGUGGAGACAUGGUUGAGUACUGCUAAAAGCUCCUUAUUUAAGGCCGAUACAGUAGAGUGGACAUUUUUAAUCAUUAGCUUCUUCCUGGAGAUCCUUGCAGCAGUUUGUGAUCAGUUUUUCUCCCCAGGAAAUACCCAGUUUGCACUCACUGGCAUGUGGUUGGCUUCUGGGGCUCUAUUCGUUUGCAUCUGCGAACUCAUUCUCAAGUGGAAAAUUGGAGAAAGCUCACGCCCGCGUUUAGAAAUGUUUCCAGAAAUUUUUGGAUUAAUUUGUGGAAUCUCUCAGUGGCUAUCCACCAUAGCUAGGUUUGGGUGCACGCUUAAGGGCAUGGAGAACCCUUUCAAAGUAAACCUUCUGCCCGUCAUCUUUCUUGGGUGUUUGGUUGCUCGCAAACUAAUUGCCAAUAUUAAAAGGUGCAAGACAGAAAACAGGAUUGAGCUGAUCUCCAUAGUUCAUGUCCCCAGUAACGAACCAACUCCAGACGAAGCCAAGCCAAAAAAGGAUCCUGAUUUGGGCCUCCAUACGAAGAAAGGCCUCUUUUACAGAAAGACUCCUGACGUGGUCCAAGUUCUUCUUUCCAAAUUUGACGGCCCAACAUAUUCUAUAAAUAAGAAAAAUAGCUUAGCGCAUAUAUAUAAAAAGUUCUACCCAAGUUCCAACCCAACAAAAUUUAAUUGAAAGAUGAUCUGUAAAGCCCAGUUUCGGUCGGUCAGUUAUCUUCA